ACAAGAGGCGACGUCACAUAUGUGACAGGUUACCCGAGAGCUGUAGACAUGUGUGGAAUCUUUGCCUAUCUCAACUACCAUGUGCCAAGGACUCGCCGCGAGAUCCUUGAGAUCCUCCUGAAAGGUCUGCACCGUCUGGAGUACAGAGGCUACGACUCAGCUGGUGUGGGAAUAGAUGGUGGCAAUGGCAAGGACUGGGAGACGAAUGCAAAGUCCAUUCAACUGAUCAAGCAACGUGGAAAAGUGAAGGCUCUUGAUGAGGAGAUCAACAAGCAGCAGGAUAUUGACCUGGAUGUGGAGUUUGAUGUUCAUCUCGGCAUUGCUCACACCCGCUGGGCCACCCACGGUGAACCAAGCCCAGUUAACAGCCAUCCUCAUCGGUCUGACAAGAACAAUGAGUUCAUUGUCAUUCACAAUGGAAUUAUCACCAACUACAAAGACCUGAGGAAAUUCUUGGAGAGCAAAGGCUACGAGUUUGAAUCUGAGACUGACACAGAGACCAUCGCCAAGCUGGUGAAGUACAUGUUUGACAACCGGGAGAAUGAUGACAUCAGUUUCGCUACACUGGUGGAACGGGUGACUCAGCAGCUGGAGGGAGCUUUUGCCCUGGUCUUCAAAAGUGUCCACUACCCUGGAGAGGCGGUUGGCACAAGGAGGGGAAGUCCCCUGCUGAUGGGGGUGAGGAGUGAUCACAAGCUGUCCUCAGAUCAUAUUCCUGUGCUCUACCGCUCCACUGCUAAAGACAAGAAGGGCUGCAGUGCCAUACCCAGGAUGGACCAGGACACCUGCUUGUUCCCUGUGGAUGAGAAAGCUGUGGAGUACUACUUUGCCUCUGAUGCAAGCGCAGUGAUUGAGCACACAAAUCGGGUGAUCUUUCUGGAGGACGAUGAUGUGGCUGCCGUGAUGGAAGGACGGCUGUCCAUCCACAGGAUAAAGCGCACGGCAGGAGACUAUCCAGCCCGGGCCAUCCAGACCCUGCAGAUGGAACUACAGCAGAUCAUGAAGGGCAACUUCAGCUCCUUCAUGCAGAAGGAGAUCUUUGAGCAGCCAGAGUCUGUGGUCAAUACAAUGAGGGGGAGAAUCAACUUUGACAACAACACAGUGAUACUGGGUGGACUGAAGGACCACAUCAAAGAGAUCCAGAGGUGUCGGCGACUUAUCCUUAUUGCCUGCGGAACCAGCUACCAUGCAGGAGUAGCUACCCGCCAGGUGCUUGAGGAGCUAACUGAGCUGCCUGUCAUGGUGGAGCUGGCCAGUGACUUCCUGGACAGGAACACUCCUGUCUUCCGAGAUGACGUCUGCUUCUUCAUCAGCCAAUCAGGGGAGACUGCCGACAGCCUCAUGGCCCUGCGCUACUGUAAGGAGAGAGGAGCUCUGACUGUGGGCAUCACCAACACAGUGGGAAGCUCCAUCUCCAGGGAGACUGACUGCGGAGUCCACAUCAAUGCCGGGCCUGAGAUUGGAGUAGCCAGCACCAAGGCCUACACCAGCCAGUUUGUGGCCCUGAUCAUGUUUGCACUCUUGAUGUGCGAUGACAGGAUUUCCGUGCAGCCCAGACGCCGAGAGAUAAUCCAGGGCCUGAGAGUGCUUCCAGAUCUGAUUAAGGAGGUCCUCAGUUUGGAUGAUGAGAUCCAGAAGUUGGCAACAGAGCUGUAUGAACAGAAGAGUGUCCUGAUCAUGGGCAGAGGUUACCAUUAUGCUACCUGCCUGGAAGGAGCUCUGAAAAUCAAGGAAAUCACAUACAUGCAUUCAGAAGGCAUCCUGGCUGGAGAGCUGAAACAUGGUCCGCUUGCCCUGGUGGAUAAACUCAUGCCAGUCAUUAUGAUCAUCAUGAGAGACCACACUUACACCAAAUGUCAGAACGCCCUGCAUCAAAUUGUUGCCCGCCAGGGCCGCCCCAUUGUGAUCUGUGACAAAGACGAUUACGAGACAGCUAAGAACUCCAGCCGCACCAUCAGAGUGCCUCACUGUGUGGACUGCCUGCAGGGCGUCCUGAGCGUCAUCCCGCUGCAGCUGCUUUCCUUCCACCUGGCUGUCCUCCGAGGUUACGACGUGGACUGUCCAAGAAACCUGGCCAAGUCUGUGACUGUAGAGUGAACCGCACCAAUCGACACGUAACGAAAGGCAGGCGGAUGAUCAUUCACACGCGUGCAGUUGGAUGAUCAUUCACACGCGUGCAGUUGGCGAGGAAGCGUCAACAAAGAGAAAACAAUGUCCCGUUUCUGUGUCGCGUCUCAUGGCUCUUUUUAAUGCAAUCUUUUACUCAACAGUUGUGUAUCUCACUGUUUCAUAUUAUCUGUGUCUCACUUUCUUAACCUUUGGCAUUAUUGUUAGAGAAGCAGUUUUGUCUGUGUUGGCGAGGUCUGUGUUGGCACUGACCUAUCUUCAUCAUGCUCUCAUGCUUAGUCAAGCUGUAACAACUGACGGUGACCAUUUCCAUUUAUUUUGUGCCCUCCAUGUUUAUUUUUGCUGAUUUAGUCUCACUGGGAGCAUCUUGGAGCUGCUGUUCCAGCAGUUGACUGACAGAAUAUGUGUUUUAAAGACCUUACUGGCUCUUUUUUUUCCUUUUAGUGCAAUGAUUUGUAAUUUAGUUUGGAUAUUUUUUUCUUUGGCAGCUUAUAAUUUGAAGUUUCUUUACUCCACAGUUGAAGUAAAUGACUGUCCUAAAUCAUUCCAAGCCACAGGUCAUCGCUUCUUCCUAAUUGUAGCGCAGUUUGCCAGUGUUGAAUCCGUUUCUCUCUUGGACUCUCUUCUGAGGACACACAGCUUACUCACAGUAAAGCUUGUUUAUAUACGCUGCUGUGUAAAAUCUUUCUGGGUAGGUUACUGAAGCUUGUUCUUGUGUAUAAACCUCGUGUUUUGGAUUUUAAACUCUGGUCUUUACUGGGCUCAGUAAACAAGAAUCAUCCUUGUUUACUAAGCGACAUAUUCCAGAGUGUGAGAUUGUUUUGUUACCGAACACUGUUUCUGCUUCGACCAUUCUCUGUACAUUUUACUGUUACUUAAAAGCUAUAUGUGAACAAUUUAGUGAUUCUUAUGCUGGUCUUGUUGCUGAUCACAGGUCUCUAGUUUAGAUUUAAACUAUAAAGUGAAGGAAUUCAAGUGAGAUGAAGUUCCAUCCAGUACACAACCCACACCUCGCCAGCACAACUACUGCAAUAUUGGGACCAUUUGUAGCUAUUCUUUCUUUCUUUUGUUACAUUUAACUUUCUUUUUUUAAAGGAGUUUUAUAUUAUUGAAGUUACUCUUUGAUUUGAAAUGUGAAUGUUACUGUCAUUUGAAAUAUACUGUCAAACCAAAAAUCUCCUCAAAGGCUCUGGCAGUUGUAAACGAAAACGUAUAUAUAUAUUUUAUAUGUUCAUCAUAUAUUGUAGCCAAAAAUUACUGAUUCUGGUAGCAUGUUUGGUAUGAAGGCCUAAAGGGGGCAUGUACACAGUUUUAUGGCAGUAUGUCUACUAUUACUAUACUACUACUUCUAUUGGUUUACUGAUGUUUACUUAGAUAGAAAGUCAGAUGCCAGCUGUGUGUGUGUGUGUGUGUGUGUGUGUGUGUGUGUGUGUGUGUGUGUGUGUGUGUGUGUGUGUGUGUGUGUGUGUGUGUGUGUGUGUGUGUGUGUGUGUGUGUGUGUGUGUGUGUGUGUGUGUGUGUGUGUGUGUGUGUGUGUGUGUGUGUGAUCCAAAUGUCUUUGUUUCAAACGCUAAGGAAAGAGAGUUGUACACAUGUAGUUGUGUAGUGAAGAAAUAUGAUCUGCUUGCUUUCUUAUCUUUACUUUGUAAGUACAUCCCAUAUUUUAGGUUUAAAAUUAUUUAUUUUGCUUUUGAAGUCAAGCCUUAACUUGACUUUUGAAUCCCCCCCCCCCCUCCUCCAAUAUUAAGCUUCUCUUGAGUGAGUGAAAGAGUGUAAAAACUGGACAAUGUUGUUACAGAUACUUUUGUGACCCACAUACAUGCUGUAAGUAGAUUUAGAUUUCUUGACUGGAGGCAUAAACAAACGACGCUGCAAUGAAUCUUAGCAACCUCUGUUGGGUUGCUUAGUGAAAACUGAUGCAAUAAAGUGUCAAGUAACUUCCCUUUUAAUUGUCCGAGUUCAAUUGAUGAGAAGGUACAGUUAAGGGUGUGCAUGCACAUAAAAACAGGCAGUGUAAAUCCAGUAAAGACUUGCAUUUGGAUUGAUAUUCAAGCUGUCAUUUCUGGUUAGUUGUAUGUAUUAAAAGAGUC